ACCCAGACCACGUCAACUCAUCAAUCCAACAUUCGCAGUAAUUAAAAAAUAACCAGAUUUCCCCUCAAGUCUAAUAAAUACCCAUGCUUUAUUACCUUCUCCUUUCUGGCUCAUCCCAACACUCACAUUAAUGCUUUUACCCCCUCACCUCUGAGGAUUCCGCUUCACCAAUGUCUUUGAAACAGGUUUAUCCGGUGGCGGACUACGGAGCUCAGGUCUCGCAGCGUCUAGUCGAUGCUGCGCACUCUAACCAUCCCAAGGUGGCGUUUGAUUGCCUCAAUGACCCCUUCGUCGAUGUUAACUUCAUCGGAACGGUAGUCUUGAGGUCCAGGAAGACGGAGAUCGUGCUGCAUGAUCACUCUGCUCUUGAAGUUUGUUUUGAGUUUGAGGAGUUUAAAACGGAGGUCACUGCUUUGUUUCUGGCUGCUAAUGCUGGAAAUGCUGCUUUCCUUAGGAAAUUACUGAGUGUUGGUGCUUGUGCAAACCAGAAACUGUUUCGGGGAUAUGCAUUGACAGCAGCAGUAAGGGAGGGCUAUAUUGGGAUAGUGGAGAUACUGCUGAAAGGAGGUGCUUCGCAGUCUGCAUGUGAAGAGGCCUUGUUGGAGGCGAGCUAUCUUGGACGUGCCAGAGCUGCUAAGCUUCUCAUGGAAGCCAGCAUGAUCCGUCCACAUGUUGCAGUUCAUGCUCUUGUUACUGCAUCCUGUAGAGGGUUUGUUGAUUUUGUUGAGACACUCAUCAAAUGUGGAGUUGAUGCCAGUGCUACAGCUCGUGUGUUGCUUCAGUCGUCGAAGCCUUCUUUGUAUGCAAAUGUUGAUUGCAACGCGCUUGUAGCUGCUAUUGUGAGUAGGCAGACUGCUGUCGUGGAGCUACUAUUGAAGCAGGUUGGUGGUGCUGGAAUCGACACUAAGGUGAGACUUGGAGCAUGGUCCUGGGACACUUCUACAGGAGAAGAGUUUCGGGUGGGAGCUGGAUUAGCUGAGCCAUACAACGCCCUCUGGUGUGCAGUUGAGUAUUUUGAAUCCAGUGGUGCUAUCUUGCGCAUGCUUCUGCAACACAUUUCCCCUGAUGUACCUCAUUUAGGUAGGACAGUCAUUCACCAUGGUAUCUUAUGUGGGAAUGCCAGGGCUGUGGAGGUGCUUUUAAGUUGUAGUGCUAAUGCAGAAUUCCCUGUCAAGACAGCCGAAAGAACAGAGUUCUUCCCUCUACAUCUGGCAGCUAGACUUGGGUCUACAAAUAUUUUGCAGCAUCUAAUCAAUGCAGGUUGCUAUCUCAAUUCAAAAUCAGAAGCCGGUGAGACAGCUAUGAUGAUCUGUGCAAGAUAUAAACAUGUCGAGUGUCUUAAACUUCUGGCAUUGGCUGAUGCUGAUUUUGGUUUGCUAAGUUCAGCGGGUGAGUGUGUCGGGUCAAUUGCUGAAUCAGUGCAGUGGACAACUGAAUUUCAGCAAGUAGUUCUAGAAGUAAUUCAAGCCGAGAAGGUUCCCUAUUCUAGCAACAUCGAUGUAUUUUUCCCUUUAAGAUAUGUUAUUCAAGCAGAUAAUACAGCAGCCUUGAGAAAACUACUGGACAAAUCUUUUACUGAUCUCGAUCAACAGGAUAAGAAUGGAUUCUCCGCUGCAAUGGUUGCUGCAGCAGGCGGUCAUGUGGAGGCUUUCCAGUUACUUGUUUAUGCUGGGGCUGAUCUAUUGCUGCUUAACAAAAAUGGGGAGACCGCUGUUAGUCUGUCAGAAGCUAACUGGAACCGUGAUGAAUUUGGAAAGAUUAUGCUUGAACAUGCUCUUGGCAAUAAAAAAAAAUGUUCUGGUGGAUUUUAUGCUUUACACCGUGCUGCACGUCAAGGCGACAUAGACUCGGUUGGGAUGCUUAUGACCAGGGGCUAUGAUUUGAACAUCCCUGAUAGUGACGGCUACACUCCUCUCAUGCUAGCAGCAAAGGAAGGACAUGGCAACAUAUGUGAGCUUCUGAUCACAUUUGGCGCGAGGCUUGAUUUUGAGAAUGCUAGGCAUGAAACAGCACUAAUACUAGCAAGGAAGAAAGGUUCGGGUAAUCAAGCAGAAGGGAUACUAUUAGAUGAGCUUGCACGAAAUCUUGUGUUAGGAGGGGCAUCUGUGAAGAAGUACCGUAAGAAAGGUAAAAGAUCCCCGCAUGGGAAGUCACUGAGAAUGAUUGAUACCGUAGGAGUAUUAAGCUGGGGUAAAUCAAGUAAGAGGAAUGUGAUUUGCAGAGGGGCUGAGGUUGGCCCAAGCUCAGGAUUCAGAUGGAACCGCAGGAAAAAGUACGAUGCUGAUAACCCUGGAAUCUUUCGUGUGAUCACUACAAAGAACAAGGAGUUUCAUUUUUUGUGUGAUGGUGGAACUAGUAUGGCUGAGUUGUGGGUUAGGGGGAUCAGUAUAGUUACUCGAGAAGCUAUAUUUGGUGGUAAACAGGAAUGUGCACAAUAAAGCAUGGUUACUUAGCUUCAAGAAACUUUUUUGUUUGUAUUAUAGAAAUUGUUCAGACUGCAAAUAGUUUUUGUACAAUUUCAACUGCAACUAAAGCCUCUGUCAAAGUUUGUUCUUCA